AUGCGGAAAGCAUUCUUCAGAGAGGCCAACAACCUCUUCAGAAUACAUCAUCGCAACGUGAUAGAGCUGGUCGGAGCCAUGGUCGUGGACGAGGAAGGGAACCCUUGCUUCCUGCUGGUCACCGAGCUACUGCGGCGACCCCUCACCGAGUACAUCGAGGAGACGAUGAAGCCAGCGAGUGAGAGCGAGCGAAGAGCGCGGGGCCACGUGGUGAUGCUUGGACUGGCGGAGGGUCUGGCGUACCUGCACUCUAUGCGCAUCAUCCAUAGGGACAUAACUCCCCAGAACAUCAUGCUUGACGACAAGGACAUCCCAAAACUCAUCGACCUGGGGCUUUCGAAGGAUAGAAAGGUUGCAAAUCAGGCUCCCACCACAAAGAUUGCAGGUACACUAGAUUGGAUGUCGCCGGAGAAGCGACGAGGCGAGCCCUCAACAACCGCAUCUGACGUGUACGCCCUCGGGCUGGUGAUGAUGAAUGUGAUGACGCUUGAGACGCCGCCGAAGAGCCAGGAGGAGCGCGAGAAGCUGCUCAAGGAAACGAGUGACAAGGGAGUGAGCGGGCAGGUGUCGCUAUGGUGCAUACACGAGGACCCGUCGAGGAGGCCGACGGCGGCUACUGUUGCAAUGAGCUUGACGAUGGACCGAGAUCUAUGCGGGGGGGGGGAAGUGCUGACAGGUGAGUCGAAGGUGUAA